UGUAAUACCUAUGUGUCCUCGGUAGCUUUGUUUUGUCGAAUGUUUUUAUUUAUCUUAGCUUAGUUGCAGAAAACAAGUUGAGUAUUUGACAAUGGAUGCAUGUAAUGCGGUUGAAAGAGAAGUUGACAAAGUAUUAUCGAAGUUUGGAGGAAUCAAUGAGCAUGCUGAUCGUGUUUUGAGAGAAAUAACAGACAACUUAGAAGACCUAAAGAAAGAGUUUGCUGAAGGACCCGUAGAUUAUGAAUUGACAACUGCGCAAAUUGUCAUUCUAAAGCAAACUCUGGAUAAAGUCCGAGAAACAGUUCAGCGACUGGCUACGGAUCACCGCGAUCUGCACAGCACCGUCUCGAAAGUAGGGAAAGCAAUUGACAGAAACUUUGUUUCUGAUUUUGCUUCAACAAGCAGAGAUGAUGUGUUUAGCGGAUCGGAUAAAGUGCAAUUAUUAAAUCAAGUAAUUUGUCAGCAUUUUUAUCGACAAGGAAUGCUAGACAUUGCUGAAGAGCUGGCUAAGGAAGCUGGCUUGAAAGCUGAAGAUGGAGGCAAAGAACCAUUUUCAGAAUUGAACAGAAUAUUAGAUUCUUUAAAAGGUCAGGAUCUUCAACCUGCUUUAGAAUGGGCCCAAGCGCAUAGAGAAAGUUUAGAUGCACAGAAUUCAUCAUUGGAAUUCAAGUUACAUCGCCUCCGGUUUAUUGAUUUAAUCCAGAGGGGUCCAGGUGGACAGAAAGAUGACACGCGAUCUAGUGUAACUCAUUUUCAACAAUUUGUAAAUCGACAUGAAAAAGAAAUCCAAAGCUUAAUGGGAAUGCUUCUGUAUCUGCCUCAUGGUAUUGAUAAAUCUCCAUAUAGCCAUCUGUUAGACCCAAAUAUGUGGGUCGAAAUAGCAGAUGUUUUCACAAGAGAUGCGUGUUCCCUGCUUGGUUUAAGUGUUGAUAGCCCAUUGACAGUAUGUGUGAAUGCUGGAUGUACAGCACUGCCAGCUCUACUCAACAUAAAGCAAGUUAUGCAGCAGAGACAGGUCACAGGGAUUUGGAAUGGAAAAGAUGAAUUACCUAUAGAGAUAGACUUGGGGCAAGAGAGUCGAUACCAUUCUGUGUUUGCUUGCCCUAUCCUAAGGCAACAGAGUACAGAAUCAAAUCCACCAAUGAGACUGAUAUGUGGACAUGUUAUUUCUCGUGAUGCCCUCAACAAGCUCAGCAAUGGAAACAAAUUGAAGUGUCCAUACUGUCCAGUGGAGCAGAAUCCGUCUGAUGCUCGACUUAUAUACUUUUAGAUAUUUUUGUGUGCAGUGCAUUGCAGCUGCCAAGUUUUGUAUCCCUUCUGAAGUGCAGUGCUGUUCAGAACAGCUUUGUAUUUUAUCAAGACAAAAAUAAGAACAAGUAACUGAUAUGUUCAAAUGUAGAUUUUAUAUUUUAACGCUGCACUGAUUAUUGUUUCUGAAAAUGUGAAUGUAGUGUAUGUAUAAUGUAAAUAAUAGAAAUGCAUAUAAUUUAUAUUUGUCCAAACAUUAGUGUUGUGCAAUUGUGAAACCAAGCUAUCAUUGGACUUGGCAGUACCUCUUACUUCCUGUGAUAUGGAAUGUCAUAGUGUGAAAGGAAAUAAGCAAAAAAAAAAAAAGGGAAAAAUAUUUAAAAAAAAUUGUGUGAAAAGAUUGAUUAACUGAACUGAAUGUGUGUCUAUGAAUAGUGUUGUGAAAACUAUGAGACUGUGGAUGGAUACCAAGAUUUUAGAGCACAAAUUAUGUUAGAAACGUGGUUUGUGAGAGAAAAAUGGGCAUAAGCCAUUCAUUGUAUAGGUGAAAUGUAUAUAUUUUCAUUAUGUGACUUGCAAACUAUUACUCUUGAAAUGUGAUUGUGACCAGACACCUGUUAAAUCUGUGACAUACAAAAUGUUAUACAGGUUUUAGUUCUAAGAAUGUGUCAAACAUUAUUAUAAUUAAAGGCUUGAUUCCAUCCUAAAUGUAUCAAUACAAGCAGUGGAAAAAGCAAUUAAAUACAUUUGUCUGGAAGUAAUAUACAUUGCUACACUGUUUGUACUUAAUGUUGUGUAGUGACAGAUCUCAUAAAAUAUUUUAUUUCGGAAAUCAAAUUAAAAGUGUUUCUUGAUGUCAUUACCAGAAGUGCAGAAUUAUGGAGUCAUUUUUCUACUUCUGCUUUUACAUUUAACCAUUGUUAUUUUGUAUGGACAUAAUUUUUGUAUGAUUAAACCAUAAACUCCUGCAUAAAUUACAAAAAAAAAAAAAAAAAAAAAAAA